GUUUCUUUGAAGCUCGCUUCUGCUCGCUCUCUCUCGUCUAAUCUCGCUUCUGUUCGGUUAUUCUCACCUCUCGUUUCGCCAGCACCAACCUCGACACGCCUCCAACAGUGUUCCACAGCGAGUGCAUGCGUGUGUGUGAAGAGUGAGACACCAUGCUGAGCAAAAUCUGUUUCCGCGUGUUGCUCUGCGCGCUGCAUCUGUUCGUGCGUCUGUUCGACGGAACGCUCUCAUGGAUUCGGUGGACGCAGAGCUACUUUUUGAGCUUGCUCUACCAUCAUCACUGCAGUCAUGAUUUAAUUCGACGCGACACUGAGUCGCUGAAAAAACGACCCAAACACAUCGCCGUGAUUGUCGAUUACUCUGAGGAGGGCGGCAUUGAGGCACUUGUGGACAGCGUCUGUGAGCUGUCUGCCUGGUGUCUUUGUUCCGGCAUUUACGAGCUGACGGUUUAUGAAAAAAAUGGUUACCUAAAAGAACAUCCUACUGCUUUGCAAAAGGCCAUCGAGUCACACCUGCCGUACUACUUUGGCGAACUUCGCAUCAACGUUAACGUGAGCAGCCCCUGUUCGCCCGAGGCAUCUGCUGCCUCGACCACUGAGAGCCACUCAGACCAAACAAGCCUCAACCUGCGUCUUAUUGCACGCGAAGAUGGACGUGACGCUAUUAUUGACCUUGCCCGUGGACUCGUGGACCUCAGUGUAAAGCAUGUUAUUACGAGUACUCAAGUCAACAUGGAAUUGAUUGACAAAGAACUUAGUGAAAGCGUAAUCCCCGAGCCUGACUUGCUCAUUGUUUUCUCUAAGAAGUUCAGACUUCAAGGUUUCCCCCCAUGGCACUUGCGUCUCUGCGAAAUUUAUUACGACGAAAGUCUGAGGGGCGUCAAUUACUUGACCUACUUUAAGGCUCUCAUUCACUACUCGGACGCCGAAAUGCGUCUUGGUCAUUAAUAGUAUGCUACGAAAGUUUGCGGGGUACA